GAAACUAAGCAUAGUUAGAGUUUUUUCAUUAAUUACUUGAAAGAGGAUUUACGGUUGGGUACCGGAGAAGGUCUUACUGUGAUGGCAGACAUGCAAAAGGGUUUUCAUGCUGCUGUAGAAGAAUUGUUACCUGAUGCUGCGCAUAGGAGAUGUGCAAGACACAUUUGGUCCAAUUGGCAUCAAGAAUGGAAGGGUGAAGAGAGAAGAAAACAAUUUUGGAGAUGUUCUAAGGCCAGUUUUGAAGUGAAAUUCAGGUCAGAGCUUGAUAAAAUGAGCAAACUUGGUAAAGAUAUUUGUGCUGAUUUAUUGCAUUAUCCAGAAAAAUCAUGGGUGAGGGCAUACUUUAAAGAGCAUUCUAAGUGUGAUGUUGUUGAGAAUAACAUGUGUGAAACCUUCAAUUCAUGGAUCUUGUCUUGUAGACACAAAUCAAUUAUAACCAUGUUGGAGGAAAUUAGGAGAAAGAUAAUGACUAGACAAUGUGAUAUGAUUAAGUUUGCCAACACUUGGAUAGCUGAGAUUUCACCUAUGGCUAGACUUACCUUAGAGGAUAAUAAGGAAAUGGCUAGGGGCUGCAAGGUUCUUUGGAAUGCUGAUGUUGGAUUUGAGAUUGGAGAGGGUGAGUAUAGGCAUACAGUUAACAUGAGUACUAAGAGUUGUAGUUGUAGAACUUGGCAACUGAGAGGAAUUCCAUGCCAACAUGUUGUUUGUGCAUACUACCACAUAGAACUAGAGCCUGAACACUUUGUGGAGCAUUGGUAUAGGAAGGAUACAUUCUUAAAGGCAUAUAGUCAUUUCAUCCAACCAAUUCCAAAUAUGAAGAUGUGGCUUGAAACAAACAAUCCAAAGAUUGAGCCUCCUGCACCUAAACCAAUGCCUGGCAGGCCGAAGAAGAAAAGAACAAAAGGCAAAGAUGAACCAAAAAAGAUGAGGUAUGGAAAGGUGUCCGGAAAAGGGGGGAAAAUAACUUGUUCAAAGUGUCAUCAACAAGGACAUAACAAGAAAUAUUGCAAGGUUGUGCCAGGUGCAGAAGCACCUAGCCAAAGUUUACAAGACCCUGCAGAAGCACCUAGCCAAACUGCACCUACAAGCUUAAGCCAGCCUACACCUUCAGCAGCAGUUUGUGAUGAUACAACUAGAGUUAGGAGGGUGAAUCAAUCAAAAAGAGUUAGAAGCUCAAGCCAGCCAGCCCCACCUACAGAUACAAGUAUUCCUAUUACAAGAGGAAUAACAAGUCAACUACCUCCUAGAAGAAGACAAGUUGCUGGACAGAAGAGAGCCAAGGUUGCAACUGGAGAGGAACCUGCAAGUAGGGGACACAAGAGGGCAGCUGAUGUUGGAUUUGGCAUAUACACAAGUACAAGUGGAACUCAAAUACUAAAUCCAGGAACAUCAAGCCAAAGGAUUCUAGAAACUGGUUCAGCUUACAAGGAUGCAAGUCCAACAGGCAUAGACCUUGGUUAUAAAGCUAGAGGAUUGAGAUGGAAAAACAAGGAAGCUGUCACUGGCCCCCAAUUGAAGCAGAUGGCAAACAAGAAGAAGAAGAAGAACUGGCAGUAUUAGGAUAGGAUGUAGUACUUAAUUGGCAAUGUAAUAUGGCACCAAACAAUUUCUCUUUUUGGAUGGUUAUUUUGGCAAUCUGAUACUUGUAUGUAGCAGUAAACAAUUUGCAGUAUUUUAAUGUUUGCUUUUGGCUACUUGUAUGCUAACUUUGAGCUCAUUCUUGAGCAUGUUAAUAUAUUAGCUACUAUUUGGGGUUA